AUGGCGUCCACCACGGCACCCGAGACCGUCAACGAGGACAUUCCUCAAAACGACAGCGGAAAGCUCAGGACCUUUAUUUCCAUCCUGCGGAAGUUCAUCGGCGUCCCCGAUCUCGCUGCCGUACGCUUCUCUCUGCCUUCACAGCUGCUCGAGCCGCGGCCGAACCUCGAGUACUGGAAUUACCUCGACUGCCCCAGUGCCUUCGCCGCCAUCGGCACCGCGGACGAGCCCAUCGACCGCAUGCUCGAGGUCCUGCGCUUCUGGUUCACCAAAGACCUCAAGUACGUCAAGGGCAAGCCCUGCAAGCCCUACAACUCGUGUCUGGGCGAGUUCUUCCGCUGCAACUGGGAGGCCGAGAAGAACGCGCCCCCGAUCAACACCAAGGAUGCCGGCGGCUCGGCCAGCAGCGCCUCGUCCAUCAAGUCCGCCAGGGGCGACCCCAGGUCUUCCUCGAGCGUCUCCGUCCCCCAGACCGCCGAGAACCCGACCGGCCCUACCGCGCGCAUCUCGUACCUGACCGAGCAGACCUCGCACCACCCGCCCGUGAGCGCCUUCUACAUCAGCUGCCCCGAGCAGGGCGUCCACGCCAGGGGCUUCGAUCAGAUCUCGGCCAAGUUCACCGGCACCACCAUCAAGGUUUCCCCCGGCGAGCACAACUUCGGCAUCUUCAUCACCCUCGAGAAGCGCGACCAGGAGACCUACCAGCUUACCCACCCCGCGGCCCACCUGGGAGGCAUCCUCCGGGGCGCCUUGAGCGUUAGCGUCGGCGAGGCUGCCUUCAUCACCUGCCCCCAGACCAAGAUCAAGUGCAUCCUGCAGUAUAUUGAGGAUGGCUGGCUCGGCCGCGCCCAGAACAAGGUCGAAGGUGUCAUAUUCCGUUACGACCCCGAGAACGACGACAAGAUUCGCAUCAAGGACGUGCCCGACAAGGAUGUUCUGAUCAGACUAGGCGGCUCGUGGAAGGAGAGGAUCGUCUACACUCUGGGUCCCAAGCCCGUGGACUCUCAUCCUCCCGAGAAGCAGACCGUCAUCAUCGACCUCAACCCCCUAUUUGUGGCCUCCAAGGUUCUGCCCCCCAAGGAAGCGCAAGCCGAGAACGAGUCUCUGCAGAUGUGGGACGGUGUCACGCAGGCCAUCAUGUCAAAGCAGUUCUCCAAGGCAACACAUGUCAAGCAGGAGCUAGAAGAGAAGCAGCGGGAGAAGGCAAGGGCACGCGAAAAGAACAACGAAGUCUGGCAGCCCGCCUUCUUCACUCAGAUCACGGAUAAGGGAGGCAAGCCCGAGCUUAGUGAGAAGGGAAAGCAGGUCCUGGAGAGGAUACAGAAGGGUGACUGGAGUUUGCAGGGCAUCGUAUAA